AUGUCAGAAAGCACACCACUCCGCAUAGGCUACGUCCCUGAACAUUUCAGCACCCCCCUCUACUUUGCACAAAAAUACUUCUCCCUAUCCGCGACCCUGAUCGCCUUCCCCUCCGGCACAGGCCACAUGAUAACAUCCCUCCGCGCAGGCGAGAUCGAUGUCGGAAUCGGGCUCACGGAGGGGUGGGUGGCAGGUCUAGGAACAGGGACUGCGCCAGAGAAUGAGGGCGGGUAUAAGAUCGUCGGGACAUAUGUCGAGACACCUCUAUGCUGGGCAAUUUCCACAGGCUCCUCACGCUCAGAUAUCAAUUUGACGGCGGAUCUGGAAAAGCAUAACAAGAUCGGCGUCUCGCGAAUCGGAUCUGGUUCCUAUGUAAUGGGAUUCGUCCUCGCUGAUUCCCAAGGCUGGCUUACCACAUCCACGUCGCCGUUUGAGGUCAAGCCGCUACAGACGUUUGAGAAAUUGCGGAAUGCGGUGAAUGACGGGACGGCGGAUUUCUUCAUGUGGGAACAUUUUACUAGUAAGCGUUAUUAUGAUAAUGGGGAGAUCAAGAGGAUUGGUGAGAUCUUUACACCCUGGCCCAGCUGGGAAAUCGUAGCAUCCACAACCACCACUCCAUCCACCGACCCACGCCUCACCUCGCUCUUCGAAAAACUGGACCUCGGAAUCCAUUAUUUCGAGCAGCAUGCCGAGGAAGCGGUACAGUAUAUUUCGGGGACCCUGGAUUAUAGUGUGGGGGAUGCGAGGGAAUGGUUGAAGACUGUAAAGUUUGCGAGGGGGACGAGGGGCGUUGAUGGGGUGGUUGUGGAGGGUACUGUGGGGGUGUUGAGGAAGGCGGGUGUGUUGAAGGAG